CUGACGUAAUUGUCACAUGUCCCCGCUUUUGCAGUCAUGUUUAGAGUUCGUGUCUGUCGACGGACGUUGAUUCAUUCCUACUUUUAUUAAGUUUAUAUUACUGUAAUUAAGGUGCACCACAUUCAACCAGCAGCGUUGACUUAGCGAUGUAUGGACGUGUGUACGCCAGCAUCCUUCAAAGAGCUUCAAGCUACACGUUGACCCUUUAUUCUGCAGCCCCAGUUCAGUAUGCCCACCUUGUAGCACUUCCCUCUUAUCAGCCUCAACCAGCCCACCAAUGUCACUGCUCAUCCUGGAGUCCCUUCAGAUCAGACCAGUUGUGCUGCACUGGUGAGGAAUCUGGAAACUGGUCUCGGAGUGGGCGACACCUCUCCACCCGUCAGGAUCUAGACCUCCAGCUGAGCCGAGUCCAGAUCAACAGUAUUCUGAGGACCAAUGAGCAGACUGUUAGUGUGCCAGAGUUUGAUGGCAGGGGACUCAGUGCUGUGAGAAAAUUUGAGAGUAACCAGCUAGCCGCUAACACUCCUAAUGAGGACCGUCGCGGUGCUGCCACCUGCUUACAGUCAAAGGGCAUGCUCUUUGGAGUGUUUGAUGGCCAUGGGGGAUGGGCUUGUGCUCAGGCUGUCAGUGAGCGGCUGCUGUACUAUAUAGCAGUUGCAAUGAUGUCAGAGCACAGCCUGGAGGAGCUUGAGAAAAGCAUGGAGCGUGGCAGACCUGUUCCUCCCAUCCUGCAGUGGUAUAAACAUCAUGCAGAUUUUAAUUACCGUGAAUCUGCGUCCCUGUACAUUGACCACCUCCGAGUUUUCUGGCAAGACUUACUGGAUGGUGAAGAACACGGUGAAGGCAUGAGUCCUCGAGAUGCUCUGGAUUGCGCUUUCAAACGGCUCGAUGCUGACAUCUCCCUGGAGGCUCAAGUUCCUCUUUCCAGUGACCUGAUGAAAAGUACAGCCAUCCAGGUUGCGUUUGCCGGGUGCACUGCCUGUGUGGCUCAUGUCGGCACAGAUGGGAUCUACGUGGCAAAUUCCGGUGACUGCCGGGCGGUAUUAGGAGUGCAGAAUGAGGACGGCUCAUGGAGCGCUCUACCUCUCUCCCAGGACCACAACUCACAGAACCGGGAUGAGGUGGAACGAAUCAAAGCCCAGCAUCCACCCUCAGAGAGAGACACAGUGAUCACAGAUGACAGACUGCUAGGGGUUCUGAUGCCGCUGCGUGCAUUCGGUGACGUGAGAUUCAAAUGGAGCCAUGAGUUGCAGCAGAGCAUUUUGUCCAGUCUUGAAUCCGGAGUGGAUCUUGACUCUCUUAACUUGUAUCAGUACACUCCGCCUAACUAUCUAACACCACCCUACCUGGAUGUGGCCCCUGAGAUAACCCAUCACAAGCUGAGACCUCAGGAUCGAUUCCUGAUUCUCGGCACUGAUGGACUGUGGGAUGAACUGGGGAGUGAAGAGGCGGUACGACUCAUUGGAGAGCACCUGAGUGGAAUUCACUUACAGGCUCCAGUUUCUCCAUCUGAGAGGCAGCUAAAACUGGGUCAGAUGCAUGAACUCCUGCUAAAACGCCGGGCUCGUGCCUCCCCUGCUCUGGACACCAACGCCGCCACACACCUUAUCAGACACGCUCUUGGCACCGGGGAAUAUGGAGAACUGUGCCAGGAGAGACUGGCUUCCAUGCUCGCCUUGCCAGAGGACCUCGCUCGAAUGUACAGAGACGAUAUCACCGCAACUGUGGUGUAUCUGAACUCCGACCUGGCCAAACCUCACCACAGCGACCCAGCAUCAAUGGGAGCAAGUCUUAGGAGGGGUGCUUCAAACUGCCAGCACAUUGGACUGGAAUAGGAGCAACUACAACGCUAACUGAACGACUCAGACAAGAUAUGCUGCAUAAGGAGGGGUAGUAA